UCCUGUACAGAUGCGCACUCCGUCGCCGCGUGCUUCAUCGCCUCCUCCUGCCCUCCUCAUCUUCAUCUCUUCGUUUCAGAAGCUCGCGCGAACCUGCAGCGGUCCGGACGGGUGACAGAAAGCUUGGACUCAUCGGAUCACGACUAUAGGGACACCAUCGCGUGCGCGAUGUAGCCUUGCAGUGCAAAGAUUCUUGCGCAGUUGUUUGAAGUGAUGCAAUAACUUAGGGACGACAGGAAAUGUGCGAAGUUUGUGGCAGCUUAUUGUUUCUACACUGAUUGUUAUUUUAUUUUAUUUUUUAACUUGCCCCUCAGCACCUUUAUUGCUGCUAUACCGCGAAGGGAUGGAUCUCACGAUGAACAACAAACGGGACCUAAUGUAAUCAGGAGCCGAGCCAGUGGAUCGGUGCUUCUUGGACGUCCCUGCUGCGCUUUUCUUACCGGCCACGUCCGCGAUCGGCUCAGCUGCAGCCGGUGGCCGAUGUUGCAGCAGAUAUGAGUGUUGGACCAAGAUUUGUCCCUGUUGCACUUUUUCUUGGAAUUGUUCUCACUCGCUGUGGCCACUGCAACCAAGUUGUGCUGCUGGAUACAACGUCUGUGCUUGGAGAGCUCGGAUGGAAGACGUACCCUAUAAAUAGGUGGGAUGCCAUCACAGAGAUGGACGAGCACAAUCGGCCCAUUCAUACCUUUCAGGUGUGCAAUGUGAUGGAGCCCAACCAGAACAACUGGCUUCGAUCCAACUGGAUUUCUCGACAAGCAGCCCAAAAAAUCUAUGUGGAGCUUCGCUUCACCUUACGUGACUGCAACUCCAUCCCUUGGGUGUCUGGCACGUGCAAGGAGACCUUCAACCUCUUCUAUCAUGAGACUGAUGAGGCACACAGUGUAAAAUUCAAACCUGCUCAGUACACCAAGAUCGACACCAUCGCCGCAGAUGAGAGCUUUACUCAGAUGGAUCUUGGAGAUCGCAUUUUGAAGCUCAACACUGAGGUGCGCGAGGUGGGACCCAUGACCAAGAAUGGCUUCUAUCUUGCAUUCCAGGACAUUGGGGCCUGCAUUGCUCUGGUUUCAGUGAGAGUCUACUACAAGAAAUGCCCAUUCACUCUGAGAAACCUGGCCUCGUUUCCAGACACGGUGCCUCGGGUGGACUCAUCCUCAUUGGUGGAGGUGAGGGGGGCAUGUAUAGACCAUGCGGAAGAAAGGGACACACCCAAGCUCUUCUGUGGCGCUGACGGUGACUGGUUAGUCCCCCUGGGAAGAUGCGUCUGCAGUGUCGGGUAUGAGGAGGUCGACGGCUCCUGCAUUGCAUGCCAGCCAGUCUUCUACAAAGCUUUUGCUGGAAACAUCAAGUGUUCAAAGUGCCCCCCAAAUAGUUUAAGCUAUGGAGAAGGUGCUGCAGUCUGCCGAUGUGAAGUUGGGUAUUUCAGGGCCGGAAAAGAUCCUCCAACUAUGGCUUGCACACGCCCUCCGUCCCCUCCACGUAACUUACUUUUCAACCUCAAUGACACAUGUCUGAUGCUGGAAUGGUCACCCCCCAGUGACACCGGGGGUCGCAGAGACCUCACCUAUAAUGUCCAAUGUAAACGCUGUGGUCCAGAGCCUGACCAGUGCCACCUUUGUGAGGAAGAGCUGCGUUUCCUCCCACAACCGUUAGGCCUGACUACCGCCUCAGUCACCGUCAUGGACUUCUCUGCGCACGCUAAUUACACCUUUGAGAUUGAAUCACUCAACGGCGUUUCAGACAUGAGCUCAUUUCCUCGCCAGGUCGCCAUCAUUACCGUCAGCACUGACCAGGGUGGUCCAUCACUGGUGGGGUCUCUAAAGAAGGACUGGGCCUCUCCCAACAGCAUUGCGCUCUCCUGGCAGCAGCCCAAAGAAACAACGUUGCCCAUCCUCGACUACGAGAUCAAAUACUAUGAGAAGGAACAUGAGCAGCUGAGUUACUCUUCAACAAGCACAAAGGAUCCUAGUGUGAUCAUCACAGGCUUGAAACCAGCCACCUGGUACGUCUUCAGUGUCCGUACCCGCACACCAUCUGGAUACAGCUCCUAUGCCACCAGAUAUGAAUACAAAACUACUGGAGAUUCAUCAAACCUGGCCUCUGACCAAGGUCAGGUUUUGGUCAUCGUUACUGCUGCAGUGGGUGGCUUUACCCUCCUCGUCAUCCUCACCCUCUUCCUCCUCAUUACGGGAAGGUGUCAGUGGUACAUAAAGGCUAAGAUGACCUCCGAGGAUAAGAGGACCAAUUAUCAGAAUGGACAUGUUCCUUUCCCUGGGAUUAAGACCUACGUGGACCCUGACACUUAUGAAGACCCUGCGCAGGCCGUCCAUGAGUUUACCAAGGAGAUCGACCCAUCUCGGAUCCGCAUUGAGAGGGUGAUUGGAGCCGGUGAGUUUGGAGAGGUGUGCAGUGGCCGCCUGAGAACACCAGGGAAAAAGGAGAUUGCAGUGGCAAUAAAGACACUGAAAGGUGGCUAUGUGGAGCGUCAGAGGCGGGACUUCCUGCGUGAGGCUUCUAUCAUGGGGCAGUUUGACCAUCCCAACAUCAUCAGGCUGGAGGGUGUAGUCACAAAAAGCAGGCCUGUGAUGAUUGUCGUGGAAUAUAUGGAAAAUGGAUCAUUGGACUCAUUUUUGAGGGCUAGCAUGCUGCGAUUGGCUGGCAACCAGUUCAGUGUGUACCCCGCCUCCUGCCCGAUGAUAGCUGGGAUAGGCUCCAGCACGCCCGCGACCCUACAACACGAUGGUCACUUCACUGUCAUUCAGCUGGUUGGCAUGCUGCGUGGCAUCGCCUCAGGAAUGAUGUAUCUGUCAGACAUGGGCUAUGUUCAUCGAGAUCUGGCAGCUCGAAACAUCUUAGUCAACAGCAACCUGGUGUGUAAAGUGUCAGACUUCGGUCUGUCCCGAAUCCUGGAGGACGAUCCCGAGGCUGCGUACACGACAACGCAGGGUGGGAAAAUUCCAAUCCGAUGGACUGCUCCAGAGGCUAUCUCAUACCGAAAAUUCUCCUCAGCCAGUGAUGCGUGGAGUUACGGCAUUGUCAUGUGGGAAGUAAUGUCCUAUGGGGAGCGGCCAUAUUGGGAGAUGUCUAAUCAGGAUGUGAUUCUGUCUAUCGAGGAGGGCUACCGGCUUCCUGCACCAAUGGGUUGCCCUGUGGCACUCCACCAGCUGAUGCUGCACUGCUGGCAGACAGAAAGAAGCCAUCGGCCCAGAUUUGCAGAUGUGGUCUCCUUCUUUGAUAAACUCAUUCGCAACCCCAGCAGUUUAUUGCCUCUGGUAGAGCACAUUCAGAGUCUACCAGAGUCUCCUGGGGAAGAAAUGGACUACCCACUGUUCAUCUCCAUUGGCGACUGGCUGGACUCCAUCAAAAUGAGUCAGUACAAAAGCAACUUCAUGGCAGCGGGCUACAACACGUUGGAUUCUGUAGCGAGGAUGAGUAUUGAAGAUGUGAGGCGUAUCGGGGUGGAUCUGAUCGGCCACCAACGGAGGAUCAUCAGCAGCGUACAGACCGUCCACCUCCAGCUACUGCACGAACAGGAGAAAGGCUUCCACGUAUGAGGUUGCCCUUUCACAUGGCCUGGGACCGACACAUUGAUGGAGCACAUGGCAGUGAAGUCUAGACUGUGAGAGAAACACUUUAUAGCGGAGGUCAUUGGAUUGGACAGACUGCCUCCCGGGCUUUCUUUAUCCUUCAGUAGUAAUGGACUCUUUUUCUACUACACACCCCUUACCCAGUACACCUACCUGGUCUGGCCAGACUAUUUUUAAACCGCCCGAUAAACUUUACAUUCUGGCUCAGGCCCUCAUUUAGGGGAAUGGAAUGCCUUGUUACAGCUUCAGUAUUUUCUGUGUGGAGGUAAAUUAUCUUAGAUAUUUAGAUUUACGAACAUAAUCUACUGAAUCUUUGGGUUUUUCUUUUCUUGCUCAUGUAGCUGCUCCUCGGUGUGUAAAAGAUAAGUUUUUACCCUCUGGGGGAAAUGCCCUUACCACUUUUCAUUUUGUAAUAUGAUCAUUUAUCAUGAAGGUAUGUGCAUUUCUUGACUCUCUCUCUCUCCAGAGAGUCUGGUACAUCAUACUUGAAGAAAGUGGUGAGAAGCAAGUCAAGGAGAUAUCUUGAAUGUUAAAGUGUAUAGACUACUAAUCAGUAAUUAUUAUCAUAACCUUAUAUCUGUAUAUAUGUGCAGAUCUAUAUGUCAAAGCCCUAGUGAAUCUAAACUUUAUUUCAAAUGGUAUUUAUUUAUGUCAGUUCAGCAGUAAUCAUGCAGUCACACAGAGAGAUGAACAAUUGUGUGAUGGAAGACUUCAAAACAUGGCGCUUACGCACCAUCCAUGUUUUUAGUGCCGCAUGCCAAGCUCGCUAAACUGGAUUUGUUGCCUUCACAUGGGGGGGGGAAAGGGAAAAAAAGUCAAAAUUAUUUGAAAUAUGGAUUUCAAGAGUUGCCCUACAGAACAAUCACCACUGUCUUAACACAAGAAUGUUCACAUAACUCAUAAAUACAGUAUAUUAGUUCAUAUUACCAAAUAUAUUACAUAGACUUUUAUGGUGCUUGAGAAUUAUGAGAAAUAGUUUCAGUAAAAGGUAUUGUUCAUUUGUACACACGUGAUUAAUGGCCAGAACUAACGUGUGUGCGUGUUCAGUACAAAGCCACUGGCUGCGUUUUUCAGUCGUUCUGCUAGGCCACUGUGUGCUUACCUUGUGAUCAUGUAAAGGUUGUGGAAUUUGUGGCAGUAUAGGACUCAAGUGUACAUAAAAGUAGUCUGAAAUGAAACUUUUGGAUCUGCAGUAGUUGAUGUCAUGUCGUCAGAUGUUUGCCAUUGAAAUUAUUUAUCUUCAUUCUGAGAAAGAAUGGUAAACAGGCGGUGGUAUAGAAUAUAAAUAUUAUAUAUAAAUAUGAAUCAAAGCCUUCUUGGUGGGAUUAUGGAAGUCAGCGAGACUGCCAGCUUUUCAAAUGUAUGACUAAGUUAGCAGAGAGAGCACGAACAUAAACGGCACCAUCCUAAUUUAAAUUUGUCCUUCAACUAGCGACAGUAAAAUGCACACACAUGUAUGCCUUACACUCUGUUAACAUUUUAGUAAAUAUGUUUCAGUGGAAUCGAAUGAUCUAGUCCUUAAAUUAAGUUAUAGACCAUAUCCAUAAGAGUAAAUAAAAUGGCUCUAGAGAACUGCUCCAUUCAGUCAAAGUCACAGUAUGCCUCCAGCCAUCAGCUUACACAAGAAAGUUACACAAUAUAUACAAUAUAUACGAUACAUUACAUGCACUCAACCCCUCUACAGUCAAUGGAGAAUAUCAGAUGCUGUUUGUUAAGCAUGUUCUACUGCUGAGCAAUGUUAGAACAUUCUUUUGUACAAAGUACAAGUAUACUAAUGAUUAUAAUUCUUGUAUUUUAUUUUUUUAUAAUUUCCAAAGAGUUGUAGAUCUUGCACACUGUAAGAGGCCGUUACUGCGGAUAUUUAUUUGCAAAAUAAAGUUGAAAAGCUCUG